GCCUCUACUCAGCCUGAAUCCUCUACUCAGCCUGAUGCCUUUGACUCGAUGCCCGCUGUUGAUCCAGACAAUCCGGUACCUGAUGACCCGGUGCCCGCUGUUGUGCCAAUUGAGUCAGAGCCCACUGUCGUGCCUGGUGAUUCGGUGCCCGCAGUCUUGCCAGACGACUCGGUGCCCGCAGUCUUGCCAGACAACUCGGUGCCCGCAGUCUUGCCAGACGACUCGGUGCCCGCAGUCUUGCCGGACGACUCGGUGCCCGCAGUCUUGCCAGACGACUCGAUGCCCGCUGUUCCGCCAGACGACUCGGUGCCCGCAGUCUUGCCAGACGACUCGGUGCCCGCAGUCUUGC